AUGAUCGACGGCGGAAAUGUGUACCGCGUGUUCUGCGCCAUCGUGCCGCUGUACGUGGGCAUCGGAUCGGGCUUCCUGUCCGUGCGCGUCUUCAAGAUCCUCUCGCCGGACCAGUGCGCGGGAAUCAACCGCUACAUCGCAUUCAUCGCGCUCCCCUCGCUCGUCUUCCAGACCAUAGCCAAGACGGACAUGUUCAAGAUGAACUUCCUCUUCCUGGGCGCGGAUUCCACAGCCAAGCUCUUCGUACUAGUAGUGGUGGUGCUCUUCCUGCUGCUGCGAGUGGCGGCCAAGCACCUCGCCGUUCACAGGGCCUUCCUCUGGUCCGCGUCCCUGUUCAUGCUUGUCUCCAUGCCCAACACUCUUAUCAUCGGAGUACCACUGCUGUCAGCCAUGUAUGGGGAAGAGGCCGGGGACCUCAUGGCACAGAUCGUGGUGCUGCAGUCUGCCAUCUGGAUGCCGCUCACCAUCUUCCUCCUGUCCUGCCAGCAAGCCACCUCCCUCAGCAGCACCCGCCGCGUGCACGACGCCUCCGCCCCCGCCCCCGCCCACGCUCGUUCGAACAGCACCGAUACUGCAGGCACUGGCAGCACUGAUAACCAGGCAAGCAGCACUGCCAACGGCCCAGCAAGCUCUGUUGAUGUCUCUCACGCACAGGCCGGUGCUUCUAUGUCCCAUGGCCAGGUACAGCAGCAGCAGCAGCAGCAGCAGCAGCAGCAGCAGCGGCGGCGCAUGACUCGCCUGGAGAGCAUGCUGCUGUGCAGCUCCUCGUUCAAUGGCAGCUGGUUCAACAGCCGCGGCUUCAAUACAGUCAUGCUCGCAAGCUCCGUCAGUGACAGCUCUGGUAGUGGUUCAGUAGUGAAGGACCAGCAGCAGCGGCAGAAGAAGAAAGAGGAGGAAGAGGUGCAAGGGCAAGUACCAGAGAUGCCAUCGGUAGGGCCAGAGGAAGGGGAGGAGGAAAGGGAAGGGGAAGGGGAGGAGGAGCAGGGUGGUGGCGGUGCUGUGGGUGGUGUGGGCGAAGCUGAGAUGCUGCGCACGUCAGUCAAGAUCAUAGCAGACACGGGUCUUGGCAUGUCCAUGUUCAGCCUCGGUCUCUUCAUGGCCAGCCAAAAGAGUCUGCUCACCUGCGGGGUGUGGCACACUGUGUGGUCGCUCGCCCUCCGAUUCGCCCUCACACCGCUCACCACCGCUCUCUUCGCCUUCCUCUUUGGCAUCCGCGGCAAGCUCUUUCGAAUCAUUGCCAUGCAGUCCGCAUUACCCCCGGGGGUGGUGACUUUCGUGCUGGCCAACGAGUACAAGUCCCACACUGCCAUUCAUAGCACCGGGGUUUGCUUUGGAACAUUAAUAUCCUUUCCCAUACUCAUGGGCUAUUACCUACUCCUGGGAGAGUGA